AUGCGAUUCUUGUGUUUACACGGUCGAGGGACAAACUCGGAUAUACUUGAGGCUCAGCUUGCGCCGCUACGUCGUCGGCUGGCUCAGCAUACGCUGGAAUUCUUUGACGCCCAAAAUGCCUGCGCCGCAGCCCCCGGGAUAUCAGGCGUAUAUCCGCCGCCGUAUCUUUGCUGGUACAAACAUGGAAAGCCCGAAGAAGUCUCGGUCGCACUAGAUGACCUGCGUGCUGUGCUUGAGGAAGAUGGACCAUAUGAUGGCCUGAUUGGGUUCUCUGAGGGCGCAGCUCUGAUAACCAGUCUUUUGCUAUGUGAUGAACAUGCCGGGCAUCGUCCGCGUGUCCAGUUAGCAGUACUGUUCAAUAGUGUAGUGCCGCUCAUCGCCGACCCUAUAGCCAUGCAUCACGCAUCAUCACCGCUAGGUGAACUCGUGCAUGAGCACCACAAUCACUAUCUGGCCCUUCUACAGACCGAUGGACAGGUGAACGGCCCUCUAAGCCAAGCGCGGGGUUUCAGCCCAGUCGGACCUCUCCGCAUUGCGGUCUCGACAGUCCAUAUCAUUGGCGACCAAGAUCCAUUUGCCCCCUCAUCACAACUGGUAGUCGGUAUGUGCCGUCCUGAACGGGUACAGAUGCUCUGGCACGACGGCAGUCAUAAACUACCUCAAGCUGGAGAAGUGCUCGACCAUUGCGCAGAGCUUAUUGAGACAGCAAUUAUGUUAUCGUCGUUGGAUAUCUAG